AUGAUAUUUUUAGAUUUUAUAUGGUUAUUUAUUUUUAUGGUACUUAUUGAUUCACGCCCUAUGUUUAAAAGUAUUGAUGAAGAUUAUGUUUAUGGAAAAAGAGUACGUGAUAACAGUAUACAUAGCCCAGUUUAUGGUUACGGCAACUACGACAGAAAACUUACCACACAACGGAAUAAUAAAAAUAAAAUUGAAAGUCAUGAAAUUGAUUUAUCAGGUUUCGAUAAAUAUAUAACUCAUAAUAUACAUCCCACUAGUAAAAAACACAUCUUUCACUCAUAUUAUUCUCACAAAAAUCUGUCUGAACUCUUAAUGGAGUUAACAACAGAAGUGGAGAAUCUGAAAAAAAUUUAUAAAUUUGAAGACUCUUCUGAUUCCAUAUAUAGAGACAAAGUUACUGAAAAUUUUAAACAGCCAUCAGAAGAUAAUAGUUUCCUUGAUAGUACAGCGGAAAUAGAAACAGUUUUGAACGAAAUUAAACAAAGAGCUCUCAAAAUGAUGAUACAACAUAUACCGUCAUCGGGAAAUAUUAUUAAUACAGCAGUCACUGAAAUAAUGUAUGAUAUGGGUUCUAUAAUGCACAGUCCAAAAAUGACAACAGGUUAUAUGGUAUUUAAAAAAUCUGUUACGGAUGAUAAAAAUUCAUUGUAUAACCGAAGGCUUCGAUCAAUUUACCAUAAGGCUGCUACAAUAGCUCAUAAUUUAGAAAGUAAUCUCCAGAAUAAAUUUGUAAAAUCAUAUGAGGUAAUCAAAAACAAGGUAUCUGCAAAUUUGGGUGAAGAAUUGAAGCAUAGUGAGAAUGCUAUUAAAGAAGCUCUUAAUAAAUUAAGCGGUGGUAAAAGUUCUUGUAAACCAAAACACUCGACUCUAUUCAAAAGUAUCAAAACACUAAAAACUACGGCUCCAAUAAAUCGGAAAUCAACUGUGCGUCAUUUUACCAAAAGAAAAUUUUUCAGCAGAAAAACGACAUUAACCCCAACUCAUACAAUACCAAAAGUUACGGAUGACUUUUCUAUGCUUUCUGUGUAUGAGAAAAUACUUAUGAACGCACACGACGAUAAUAUGAGGCUGUUAAAAACGAAUACCUCCAAAGACCACGAGAUGAUUAAAUAUAGUAAUUUAAAGCGAAGUGUUCAAGAAUUAUACGAAGACCUGCCAGAUAUAGGUGAAGAAUAUGAUGAAGAAAAUAAUAUUACGUCAAAAAACGAUUUUGGACUUAACGAACCAUCUAAAAAUGAAACUUCCAUAGCUGAUGAUGAAAUAAGUUUUAAUACUCUGAGCAACAAAUUAUCUUAUAACGAUUACGUCAACGGUUUUAAAUACUAUCUGAAUUUUCAAAAAGACCAAGGUAAUGAAAAUUUCUCUAACCUUGUUCGGUAUCAAGCGCAUAGACAUCAUAAUGUAGAUGAUGUAGGCAAGUACAUAUUGGAAAAACUUCCCCAACUACCAUCUACAAGACAAAGACGUUUUUUCUUUGAACAAGAUACUUUAGAAGAUCAAGAUUUAUCAACAAAGAGUGAUGACUCGUGGUUUAAGAAACAUUUUUAUUUUUUUAUCGAUAAAGAUCCACCGAAAAAGUAUCAUACAUUUCAAACAGUAUCCCUAAAAGAAGACCAAAAGACUACAACUCCUCUUAGUUCCAAAAAUCUGAAAGAAAAUAAGACGCAUCAUAAGAUAAAAGGAGCUGCAGGAAAAUUAUUAAUAAAGAGAAAUGCAUAUAAAACAAAGUUAAAUACUAUAGGACCAACGACGACUUUAUUUGGAAAGAAUUCAAAGAAUAAUGGUUAUUUUGACGUUAGUUUAGUGCACAGACCAACCGCCAUUGUAAAAUUACAAAAUAAAGGAAAGAAACGAAAAUUUAAGAAUAUUUUCAAAAAAAUGAGUUUUCGUAAAAAACAUCCAAAGAAAGAAAUGGCGCGCGACAAAGUAAAUCGAAUGAAACGCUCAAAUCCUUUCAAGAUUCUAAAAGAUAUCGUGCUAAGAAACCGGUACACUGAUACAAAUAAUAAGGUGCGAAAAUUAUUUGAUUACGACGUAGUGACAACUAGUUCAAAUUACAAUUUUGUAAAUCACAACAACCAAUUGUCAAAAAUAGAAGCGCUAUUGGGUCAAGUACCAAAUAUUACGAGUAAAUUGGAAUCACAUGAUUAUGACCAAUAUUACUAUCUACCUAACGAUUUAAAUAUUAUACAUAAUAAAGGAUUAUACAGCACGAAAGAGAGACCCUUAUUUAUAUCAAACGACCUACCUUUGCUACCUGGUGAGAUUUUAUUUUUAGUCGGCUUAAAUUAUUUACUGAAUUAG